UCUCUCGGUCGGUCUUCCACUUUGCGGCCAAACUUUGAUUUGACGCAGUAAUGUGUGGACUGACAGCGAGAGAUUCAGGGGGUGGGGGGUGUAGCAAGCAACCAAGAUGGCGACAACCUGAGUGGCAGCAGUAAUAUACGAAGAGUCCGAACAUUUUAAUUGAUAUGCAGCUUGGGUCUACAUCGACUUUUGUUACACUGAAGACUAACAUAUGAGAAGCAAGUAAAACCAGCGACAGAGCAAAAAUUUAACCGGAUUAAGGUAGCUUGAACCACAGUGGCAUGGAGGACACUUGAAGCCAGGAUAACUCUUUUUGGAAGGCUCCGUCUGACUGCAGAAGCCUGGCUGACGGUGCUGCAGGAAACUGGCAGUGGAAGCGUGUUUGGACCCGGUCCAGGCGUACACGCUUAUGUGUCCCCAGGCAGACUAUGCCAUGCAGCAUGGAUCCUUGACAGAAAUGCUGUGCUGCGUGGCCUUGAACCAGGGCAGCUUGCCUCUACUUAAAUGGUGUUAAAUUAAUACCAAAGUGAGGAGAGAAUAUAUUUUUUGUCAGUGCACACAUUUUUACCUCUGUGUGCAGCUUUUGACUAAUAAGAACCUUAAUGUUUACAAGCCCGGACUGACCCCCACCCCAGCCUGAUUCGCCCUGCUCCCAUUUUCAGUAUUUUAAAAUUUAUCCGUUACAUCUUGUGGACUAAUUUUCCAGCUAGGAACAGUGGAUUACGCUCCAACCCAAGGCUAGUUUUUACAGGGAGGCUCAAUCCGUGGCUCAGUCAUGAGUACGGGGGAGAUACACCACCUUAACUACUUGAAUGAAAACGAACUGAUGGAGAUGGACACGUUCAUUCACCGCAUCGACUCUACCGAGGUGAUUUAUCAGCCACGGAGGAAGAGGGCAAAGUUGAUAGGAAAGUACUUGAUGGGCGAUCUGCUAGGGGAGGGAUCAUAUGGCAAAGUGAAAGAGAUGCUGGACUCUGAAACCCUCUGUCGCCGGGCUGUCAAGAUAUUGAAAAAGAAGAAGCUUAGGAGGAUUCCCAAUGGAGAAGCCAAUGUGAAAAAGGAAAUUCAGCUGCUAAGAAGACUCCAGCACAAGAAUGUGAUUCAGUUGGUAGAUGUUCUGUACAACGAAGAGAAGCAGAAAAUGUAUAUGGUGAUGGAAUAUUGUGUGUGUGGGAUGCAACAAAUGCUGGAUAGCGUCCCGGAAAAAAGGUUUCCUAUAUUUCAAGCUCACGGGUACUUUUGCCAACUAUUAGAUGGCCUUGAAUAUUUGCACAGCCAGGGAAUAGUUCACAAAGACAUUAAACCAGGCAAUCUGCUGUUGACCACAGACGGGGCACUUAAAAUCUCUGACCUGGGAGUAGCAGAGGCGCUACACCCAUUUGCAGAGGAUGACACGUGUCGCACCAGCCAGGGCUCUCCGGCCUUUCAGCCGCCUGAGAUUGCCAACGGGCUGGACACCUUUUCAGGGUUUAAAGUGGACAUUUGGUCUGCGGGAGUAACACUAUACAACAUUACUACAAGUCUUUAUCCGUUCGAGGGGGAUAAUAUCUAUAAGCUAUUUGAGAACAUUGGAAAAGGGGAAUUUACUAUUCCCGAAGAGUGUGGACCUCUCCUUUCAGACCUGUUGCGAGGGAUGCUUGAGUAUGACCCUGCAAAGAGGUUCUCCAUACAAAAUAUAAGGCAACACAACUGGGUGCGUAAGAAACACCCUCCGACUGAGCUCCCCGUGCCCAUCCCCGCCAGUGCCGAAGGCAGGGACCCUUGGCGCAGCAUGACGGUGGUGCCAUACCUGGAGGACCUCCAUGGCUACACUGAAGACGAAGAUGACGAGCUUUAUGACGGCGAGGACGAGAUCAUAUACACUCAGGAUUUCACAGUGCCAGGUCAAGUGGCUGAAGAAGACCACGAUCUGGGCCUCGCAGACUACAGCCCACCAGUGGCCAAGCCGGUCUGUGUGAACGGGACAGAGGGAGGGUCUCUUAAUAGCAGAGCUAAAACUGACCGUCGGCCCUCAUCCUCAUCCAACCCCUCACGCAAAGGGGUCUCCACAGUCAGUAAGAUCCGUAAGCUCUCUACCUGCAAACAGCAAUGACGCCCCCUCCCUCUCCUGUCCAGUUUCUAUCGGCAGCAGUCCACCGGGUUGUGCUGUCCCUGUCCUCCCCCUGCCUGCAGCGGGCACCUGCUGAGCCUCAUACCUCCAUGGACCACCGGCCUAUAGUCUUGUAAAGUGACGGCAAAGGAAGGUGGACACCAUGACAUGUUCUCUUUGCGCUGAGAUCGAGGCGCUCUUCCUUUCCUCCGAUGCUCUUGCUUCUUCACCUCCGGUGGUCUCUCAUUUUCAUGCUGUCUUCCUGUCGGGGGGGUGGCAAAUGUUGCACUGGACUUCACAAACCCAUCAUUCAUUAUUUGCUUAUUACAUCUCUAGCACAUACUAAUGGAGGAAGGGAAUGUCUCCACUGAAGUGGGCAAAUGGAUUUGGUCUUGUAACAGAGAGGGACAGCCGGCAUAUAGAAGGACAUUAUUUGGACAGAAGCUCUGUGGUAGCAGUAUCAUUGCGCCUCUCUUCACCGUGGAGUCAUUUUUUUACAAUGGUAUUGCAAGAUUCUCUGUAAAAGUGGCUUUUGACAACAUUUUUUUACAGAACCUUAUAGCAGUUUUAAGACACAGUGUGAUGUGUGCGGGGGAAAGUAAUUAAAGAGAAAAAGCAAAAGUGAUGAAUAAUUCUAUUUUUAAAUCUGUGACAAGAUGAUGCUCUACUACGACUACUACCAACAUAAAACCUGCAUGCUGUACAAAGCUGGAAGAGAUGACGGACUGACUGACUGUCUUUGAGGUCAACCACAACCUUGUUGGGGACUUUUGAUUUCCCUUUAUUUAGUUUUUCUUUUUCCAAUGAAUAUUUUUUAAUUAUUAUUUAUAUAAAAUGUCCCAAAGUU